CUCAAAGCGCCAAAUUCGAAAGUUCCGCCAUUUUACUUGAGAUUGCCUAACUUGCCUUUGGAAAUUUAACUAAAAGUUAUAUAACAGGACCUGAAGGACACAGGCGGAAAAUAAAGCAUGGCACCGGGAACGAAAGGUGACCCAUCCAACAUUUCGAUUUCUCUCCCUUCUUUACCAAGUGUUGAAGGGGAUGCUAUCAAAGUCUUUGUCAGAAUCCGCCCCCUAGUAGAGGGAAGUUUAAGUGGAAAUGAAGGGGAUCAAAGCCUCUGUCUGUCAGUCCUGUCUUCAAACACUAUCCGCUUGCACUCCAAGCCAGAGCCAAAGAUAUUCACUUUCGAUCAUGUUGCUAAUAUGGAUGCAACUCAGGAAUCUGUAUUCUCGUGUGUGGCAAAAAACAUUGUUGAAUCAUGUAUGAAUGGUUAUAACGGCACCAUCUUUGCAUAUGGACAGACUGGGUCUGGAAAGACUUUUACCAUGUUGGGUCCCUCUGAAUCUGAUAACUUUACUCAUAACCUAAGAGGGGUAAUUCCUCGGAGCUUUGAGUAUUUAUUUUUCCUAAUCAAUCGUGAAAAAGAAAAGGCUGGAGAUGGGAAAAAUUUUCUGUGCAAGUGCUCGUUUAUAGAAAUUUAUAAUGAGCAGAUAUUUGACUUACUGGAUUCAGCUUCGGCAGGACUCUUCCUCAGGGAACAUAUCACAAAGGGAGUGUUUGUUGUGGGAGCAGUGGAGCAAGUAGUUACUUCUGCUGCUGAAGCAUAUCAGGUUCUGUCCAUGGGUUGGCGAAAUAGACGCGUGGCCUCCACAUCAAUGAACAGAGAGUCAUCCAGAUCGCAUGCCGUCUUUACAGUCACUAUUGAAUCAAUGGAGAAGAGCAAUGACAUUGUCAACAUCCGCUCCUCACAGCUGAACUUAGUGGAUUUGGCUGGGUCUGAAAGGCAAAAGGACACCCACACUGAAGGAGUUAGACUGAAGGAAGCAGGCAGCAUCAAUCGUUCUCUAAGCUGUCUUGGUCAGGUGAUCACUGCCUUGGUUGAUGUGGCUAAUGGUAAACAGAGGCACAUUUGUUACAGAGACUCAAAACUCACAUUCUUGUUAAGGGACUCUCUUGGAGGAAAUGCAAAAACCUAUAUCAUUGCAAAUGUACAUCCUGGAUCCAAGUGUUUUGGGGAAACUUAUUCUACUUUACAGUUUGCACAAAGGGCAAAGCUGAUAAAAAAUAAGGCUAUAAUUAAUGAAGACACUCAAGGGAAUGUCAGCCAGCUGCAAGCUGAGGUGAAGAAGUUAAAAGAUCAGCUUUCACAGCUACUUUCUGGACAGACCCUACAGGAUAUUUCUAUUGCCAGAGCCUCCUGCACUUCUAUGGAUGAGAGCAUUACAAAAAACAUUGGAGACUAUAUGAACCACUUUCUAGAGGCUAUGAUGCUUUUGGAGAAGUCAGACAAUGAAAAGAAGGCAUUGCUACAGAAAGUUGCUCAGUUAGAAGAUCUCUGCACCAAAAAGGAAAAGUUCAUCCAGUCCAACAAAAUGAUUGUAAAAUUUAGAGAAGACCAUAUUGCCCGACUUGAGAAGAGUCAUAGAGAAAGUAGAACUUUAACAAAUCAUGAGCAAGAUGAUCUUGUAGCAGAGCUCCGGGAGGAGAUACGUGCAUUAAAAGAACAGGUUGAACACCACCCUCGUGUAGCCAAGUAUGCACAAGAAAAUCAUAACCUGAGAGAGGAGAAUAAGCGUCUUCACUCCCUUCAGUCUAUAAAACGAGCCCAAGAAAUCAAUGCACAGAUGAUAGCCGAUCUGGAAAAGGCGUUUUUGGAGGCUUCAGAGCAAAACAAUGGAGCUCCACAGUUGCACUCAAUCCCAAUAUCAUCUGAUCUCAAUAAUCUGGCUUCAGUGGAGAAAAUGAAAGAGAAAAUACUCCUAAUACAAAGUGAGCUGGAAACAUCAAAGCAAGAAUAUGAAGAGUUUAAAGAACUCACAAAAAAGAAGCAAGUUGAACAGGAAUCAGAAUUGCAGUCAUUGCAGAAGGCCAACCAGCACCUUGAAAACAUUCUGGAGGCAAUUAAAGUACAUAAACGUUAUGAAGUCUCCCAACUCAACAAAAUGCAUGCAGAAACAAUAAAGAAUAUGACUACUCCAACAAAGGCAUACAAUUUAAGGUCUCGGCUUGUACCACGUCUCAGCCCUGAAGAUUUGCAGAAUGGACUAAUGGGCACUCCAACAUCAGGUCGACAUCUGGAUGAUAUCUUCGAUGAGCCAAUCCCACCAGAAAUGAGUGAACAAGCCUAUGAAGCUAUUGCUGAAGAACUACAGUUGGUGCAAGAGCAAGUGACAACUCUCCAAGCCAAACUAGAUGAAGAAGAGAGUAAAAAUAUGAAGCUUCAGCAACAAUUUAACAAACUGGAGCAUCACUCUGCACAAAUGCAGGAGCUAUUCUCCUCAGAAAGGGCUGACUGGAGUACUAAGCAGCAAGAGCUCUUUUCACAGAUUAAAGUGUUUGAGAAGCAACAGCAAGAUAACAAAUGCAAAGAGGAUGUUUUUAAGAGUGAAAUCCAUGACCUGAGAAUAGUACUUCAGUCUGCAGACAAAGAACUUCGAACUGUAAAGUCAGAAUACAGUUUGUUCAAGGAGAAACAAGAGAAGGAACUUAGCCAACUGUCUGCCAGGCAUAUGGAUGUCCAGCUUCAGCUCGAUAACGUGAGGUUAGAGCAUGAAACCCUUUUGGAGGAGAAAAGAUCUCUUCAAGAUGCUUAUGAUAAUCUGGAAGAAGUAAUGAAAUUUGAAACUGACCAACUGAAGCAGGAGCUGUCAGACGGCAAGCAAGAAAAUGAGGCUCUAAAAGCAGAACUUAAUAAUCUUUUGGAGACUCUAGAAACUGAAAAAGAACAUAGACAAAAGCUGACAUCUCAGCUGGAGGAAGACAAAGAGAACAAUUCAAAGGAGCUUGUGAGAGUUCUAGAUAAGAAUGUUGAGCUGAAGAAACAAUGUUCAGAGCUAAUGACAAGGUGUGAGCAACAGGUUCAGGACAUUCAAAGGCUUGAGCAUAGUUUAGCUUCUUCAACAGAAAAAAUAGCAGAUCUGGAGAGAACCAACACUGCAGAUAAGGAAGUUGUUGCUCAACUUAUGAUUCAGAUUCAAGGCCUGAGGACAACUAUUAUCCAUAAUACAGAAUCUAUAGAUGUUCUCACGAAAGAGCUUGAAGAUAUUAACUGCAAAUAUACUUCUGUAUUGUCUGCAAAAGAAGAAAGCAAAACUGUCAUAGAGGAACAAGAAAAGAUAAUUGAGCAGCUAAGAGAGAGUGUGGAAAGAAAACAAACUGCUGAUAAAAUUGAACAUGAGCUUCUAUGUGAUGACUUGGUUCAUGCAACUGAACAAUUAGGCAAGCUAACAGAAGCAUUUAACAACCAGGAGGCCUUGCUUCAGAACCAGCAGGCAGAAUUUGUAAAGAAAGAACAGCUAAUUACUGAGCUAACUAACCAGCUCAAAGAACUUGAAUUGUUAAGGAACGAACAAGAUGUCAAGGAAAGACACAGUAAUAUGACUUCCCCUUCAGUUCUUCCACAGACUCCCAAAACUCCAGUUGGUAAUCAGUUGAUAUAUCAGCCUGAGUUAAUACAGCUACAAAACAUGAAUGCUAAUUUGGACAAGCUAGUCUCAGAGCUUAAUGAAGAACGAAGAGCAAAGAAUGAAGAGAUACUAAGGCUUAAGAUGCAGUUAUGUGAAACAGAAAAUAUGCGCCUCGAGAUUCAGGGCUUGCAAGGCCAGUGUAAGGACUUAAUGAACCAAUUGGAAAAUUGCAAAAAGGGAGACACAAGCUGCAAUGAACAGAAACCAUCAGAUAUGCAAGAGCUCAAGAAGGAAAUAGAGAAGGAGGUUUCUGAAAGAAUGGAAAAAGUGGAGAAGGGUAAAGUAUCAGAACGCCUACAGAAAGUAGAGGCAGAGUUAGAAGAAGCAAAAACUAUCCUUAGAAAUAAAGAGAAUUUACUUAUAGAACUAAGCGAGGAAGUAGAACGAACAAGAACUUUAGAGACUAAGGCCUUCCAGGAGAAGGAAACCAUAAGAUCACAACUGGAAGAAAAAUUUGAGGAAUCAGAGAAAAUGUCACAGGAGGUAGCUUUGUUAAGAAAACAGCUUGUAUUUCUUGCCGAAGAAAAUGGAAAAUUAAUUGGUCACCAAAACCUUAACCAGAAGAUUCAGUACCUUGUGAAACUUAAAAAAGAGAAUACUAAACUGAUUGAGGAGGCUGAAAAAUUACGAAUUGAGAAUGCCUUCCUUCGAGACAAUAAAAAAUGUGAACACUGCUAACUGUUUUAUUAGAUUGCAGCAAACCAAUAUCACUUUGUAUUUUCAUGAUCCCUUUUAAAAACGUAUGCACAAAAUAUGUAUAGUAUGUUGAUUUGUAGAUAGUAUGGAAGGGUUGUGUAAAACUCAGGGUAUAAUACUGUGAAGUUAUAUCAAAAGCUUUGACCUUGGGUAAUGGCACAGCAUAGAUUAUCUGGCAUCUUUGCCAUCUUGUAGACUGAGAUGUAUUCCCACUCAAUUCAUUGUAAAAAAAAAAAAAACACACACACAAAUCUGUCAUUGAUUUUGCACUCUUUGUACAAUAAGAGCUCCAGUAGACUAUCUCACCAGUUUUCAUUUUUAUGCAAGUUAUUCAUUGAAACCAUACUUUUCUAAUCAGUGAUAUUUAUGUGUAUGUAUGUGUGUGUGUGUGUAUGUAUGUGUAUAUAUAUAUAUAUAUAUAUGUGUGUGUGUAUGUAUGUGUGUAUGUAUAUAUAUAUAUAUAUAUAUAUGUGUGUAUAUAUAUAUAUGUGUGUGUGUGUAUAUAUAAUGACCCACCCACAGUAAUUAUUGAAAGUAUGUAUGUUUGACAAACAUCUUUCAUUUAUAUUUGUGUAUAAUACAAUAUAAGGCAGCUAUCUUUUUUGUAAAUAAAUGACUUCCAUUGUAUAUCCAUAUUGAUAACGAAUUUGAAGAGCCUUAAACAAUUUUCACAGUUAAAGGACAUCUAACAUGACUGUGUACGAAAGUUUAUCUUGCUGUAAGUUAUCUUUUUAUUUGUCUGUUUAGUUUGCCUUUUUCUGUAAUAAAUAUUUCUUUGUCAAAAGCA